UUUGAAGGUGCAAGCAUGAAACUAAACCAAUGCAUUAUCGAACAUGCCGCUUUAGCCAAUAGCUUCAAGAGACAUUUUAUAAUGUCACAUCGAUGCCAUCGAAGAUUUCAUACUGGAUUAGUGCUUACUGGAAAAUCAAAUAAUCCAUUUGAUAAGGACAGAUUGGACAGUAUUGCCAGUGGCAACAAUGCCGUUUACAUAGAGAAACUAUUCGCAAAGUGGGAUAAGGAUCCCAAUUCAGUUAAUCCGUCCUGGGAUGCGUACUUUGCUAACAAAAACACUAAAAGCAAGCCGAAAAAACAGCGUAAGCAAAUGAAAACGGAAAAUCCAUUGGUGGCUCCGCCGGGCGGUUCCGCUCCGUUAGAGGCUCCGCCGGGCGGUUCCUCUGAGGGACCCCGUAAUCAGGCUCCCGUUGCUGACUGGAAGUAUAUAGAUGAUCAUUUGGUUGUACAGGCCAUAAUCAGAGCAUAUCAAAUGCGAGGUCAUCUUGCUGCCGAUUUAGAUCCCCUGGGCAUUGUAGGACCCAGUGGAAACACCGGAGAUAAGGACGAGGACAAGAAAAUGCAGGCGACAAAGGCUGUACUUCGUCAGCAUUACUUCUAUACUUUCAAUGAUUUGAAUGCCGUAUUCAAACUGCCUUAUACCACAUUGAUUGGCGGCGACGAACAGUUUCUACCACUUCAAGAAAUUCUGGAUCGUUUGGAGCGAGUAUAUUGUGGUAGCAUUGGUGUGGAAUAUAUGAUGAUCACAUCUUUACAUAAAAGUCACUGGAUACGUCAGCAUUUCGAGAAACCUGGUGCCAUAAACUUUGAACCAGAGGAGAAAAGACUUAUACUGGAACGAUUAACGCGUUCCACGGGCUUCGAAAACUUUUUGGCCAAGAAGUUCAUUUCCGAGAAGCGUUUUGGCAUUGAGGGCUGUGACAUUUUGAUACCGGCGAUGAAGGAAAUUGUCGAUGAGUCCAGUAGAUUGGGUGUCGAGUCUAUUCACAUUGGAAUGGCACAUCGUGGACGUUUGAAUGUGUUGGCCAAUGUCUGUCGCAAGCCUAUACCGGAUAUACUUUCGCAAUUCCAUGGCAUUAGGGCGGCUGACUCGGGCUCGGGAGAUGUCAAGUAUCAUUUGGGCUUGUUCACCGAUCGCGAGAAUCGACAGUCCAAACGACGUAUACGUAUGACGGUUGUGGCAAAUCCCUCGCAUUUGGAGUUCGUGAAUCCCGUAGUGCUGGGAAAGGCUCGUGCCGAAAUGUUCGAGAGGGGCGAUGUAAAAGGGGACAAGGUGCUACCAAUAAUUCUACACGGAGACGCGGCUUUUUGUGGUCAGGGUAUAGUUUUUGAGUCUAUACAUAUGUCGGAACUGCCUGCCUACACUACACAUGGAACAAUUCAUAUUGUGAUCAAUAAUCAGAUUGGCUUCACAACCGAUCCACGUUUCUCACGAUCCUCUCGUUAUUGCACAGACGUCGCUCGUGUCCUUAACGUACCAAUUUUCCAUGUUAAUGCCGAUGAUCCCGAGGCGGUGGUACAUUGCGCUCGGGUGGCCGCUAAAUGGCGAGCCACAUUCCACAAGGAUGUGGUCAUUGAUAUUGUUGGCUAUCGCCGUAAUGGCCACAAUGAAGCUGAUGAGCCCAUGUUCACGCAACCUCUGAUGUACCAGCGGAUACGCAAGACGAAGCCAUGUGUUGUAAAGUAUGCGGAGAAGCUGGUCAGAGAAGGUGUUAUCAAGAUGGAAGAAUACACGGCCAUGAAUUCCAAGUACGAAAAGAUAUGCAAUGAUGCCUACGAGGAGUCCAAGACGUAUACGGAAUUUAAGUAUUCGGAUUGGUUGGACUCACCAUGGCCAGGCUUUUUCCAAGGUCGCGAUCGUCUUAAGGUCUGUCCCACGGGCGUUAACGAAAAAGUCCUAAAUCACAUUGGCAAUAUAUAUUGCUCUCCUCCUCCGGAUGAGCGUAAAUUCGUUGUGCACAAGGGUAUUAUGCGAAUUUUGGGACUGCGCAAAGAAAUGUUAAAGGCCAAAAUAGCAGAUUGGUCCUUGGGCGAGGCCUUUGCUAUUGGUGCGCUGUUAAAGGAUGGCAUACACGUACGAGUUUCUGGUCAGGAUGUAGAGCGAGGCACAUUCUCGCAUCGUCACCAUGUGCUACACCAUCAGACAGAUGAUAAGGUUAAAUACAAUGCUCUGCAGUACCUGUAUCCAGAUCAGGCGUCAUACCAAAUCUGCAAUAGCUCGCUAUCCGAGUGCGGAGUUCUUGGCUUUGAUCUUGGCUAUUCUAUGGCAAAUCCAUACACUUUGGUCAUUUGGGAGGCACAGUUCGGUGACUUUGCCAAUACAGCCCAACCUAUAAUAGACACAUUUCUGGCCAGUGGAGAAACCAAAUGGGUGCGACAAACCGGCAUAGUUAUAAACUUGCCACACAGCAUGGAGGGCAUGGGCCCGGAACAUUCCUCCGGGCGUAUCGAACGCUUCUUACAGCUCAGUGAUGAUGAUCCUGAUGUGUAUCCCGACACAUGUGACUGUGACUUUGUGGCACGCCAAAUUAUGUCCACGAAUUGGAUAGUCACCAACGUAACUACGCCCGCCAAUGUCUUCCACGCUCUGCGACGUCAAGUAGCUUUCGGUUUCCGCAAGCCCUUAAUCAAUUUCUCGCCCAAAUCCGUGCUACGUCAUCCAUUGGCCCGCAGUCCCUUCCGUGACUUUAACGAGUGUAGUGAAUUUCAACGAAUCAUACCCGAAACGGGAGAGGCAGCCAGAAAUCCCGAGUGUGUAAAAAAGUUGGUCUUCUGCUCGGGAAAGGUUUACUACGAUCUAGUAAAGGAGCGUGAUGAUCAUGAGCAAAACAAUACAGUGGCUUUAGUGCGAGUGGAACAGAUUUGCCCAUUCCCCUAUGAUCUGGUUACGGAGCAGAUUGAUUUGUAUAAAGAUGCGGAGCUGUUAUGGGCGCAGGAGGAGCACAAAAACCAGGGCGCCUGGUCAUAUGUACAGCCGCGCUUUGACACCACAAUCCUUAACAAACAAAGCGAAACUCGCUGCAUCACUUAUCAUGGACGACCACCAAACUCGGCUUCAUCCACUGGCAACAAGGUGCAACAUUACAACGAAUAUAAUAGCAUUAUAACCAGCAUCUUUGGCAAGUUGACUGAUGCGAAUAAGCAGCGAUUGGCAGACAUAAUAAAGGCUCAGCAAGAGAAGGCAUUGAAGGAGAGCGCGGCUAGCCUCGCUAAGGCGAAGAGCGAGAAAGCGAAGGCAGCAACAGCUGCAAAAGAUGACAAAGGACCAAAGGCCGCGGGAAGCCCUGGAAAUGCGAAGGAUGCGAAGAAGGGCGCAAAGAGUGAUCCGCCAACUGGUGAAGCUCAGCUGGCACCAGCUGCUAAGCCGACACCGGCACUUAAAGGGGGAAUUAAAACUCCUCCUGCAGCAAAACCUAAGACUGCACGUAAACUCCACGACAACCCUGUUAAAACGAAAAGAACGGAAGAAGAUAAGGACAAUACGCCGAACAAAUAGUCACAAUUAAUAUAUGCAACUAAAAUCGACGCAACUCUUGAAUCGAAAAAAAAGCUGGUAGUUUUCCGUACUCAGUUUCAAAAUUAUAUGAAUUAGAAUUAAAAUAUGCAGCUGAAACCGACAAAAGGUGAAGAAAAAAUAGUCUGUUUUUCGUAUUUAGUUAUCAAAAUUAUAUGCAUCAAAAAUAAAAUUAUAAAAAAUGUUUAAUAAAUGCUAAUAACAUACAAAUGUA